AUGAUCUCGGAAGGGAAGAAGUUCUACGACGAUGAUAGGGUCGGUGGGCGACUAGGGUCUCUUCGUGCCAUGAAGCUGAGAGACUGCAAGCAGCCUUCUUCAGAGAGUUGGACGCUUGUCAACAUGGUGCGGCUGACUGGCAAGGAGUCUGGACCAACCGCCUUGAACUUGGCCGCCGAGGCUGAGUAUGGAUCAUCUGACACAAUCAUCAAGCUACUCGAGGUUUCAGGAAUUGCCUCCGGUGAUGACACCUUUGCGGAUGCUGUGGAAGAGGGUAAACUUGAGAUUGUCGAAGCUUUUCUCAGCAAGAAUGACACAGAUCUGUUUAGAACUGUUAUUACAGAAGCCUCACUAAAAUCAGCUUUAACCAAUCUCAACAAUGCCAAUCAUAACGAGGAAACACCCAGUGAUGCCCGGGACCAAAUUGCCGAGCUUCUCAUCAGUCGCAUUCAAGAUUCUCUACGCCUGGAUGAUAUAGCGGAGGAUAUUAUCGCGACUGGGUCCAAGAAGGUCUGGGAAGCUUGUCCUGAGACCAUGUUAUCAUCCGAACUGGAACAACAUCUGGUCCAUAUGGCAGUCAAACAUCAAAAACUUAAUUUCGUUCAGCACUUCUUGGAAAAAUACCCAACCUCUGUCUGUGAGCUGUGGGGUGGCUCCAAGCAUACUGGUCAACACUACCCACUCUGGUAUAAUAACCACGACAAGGACGGGAAUAGAAUUCAGAAGCCCUUUGGCACGGUUCGCCAGAACAUCCGCAAUGAGAUUGUCACAAAAAUGAUACACCAAAUUGAAGAGAUGGAGAAACUGUCUGAUGCCUUCAAUAAUUGUGAAGGUACGCAACCCUUCAGCCAAGAGUGGAUGUAG